AUGGCCGUAUUUCCAUUGCCCCAGCUUGAAGAUAAUGCUGUAUUAUUACCCAGUUCCCAAACUAACUCAACGCAGCCUCAGCUAUGUGACGUAUGGAGAGAUAUACAAGGUGCCCAUAAUUGGAAUGGUUUGCUUGAUCCCAUGGUUCCCAAUUUGAAAGCUGAAGCUCUCAGAUAUGGGAAUUUGGCACAGCUUUGUUACGACGCAUUUGAUGGCAAAAGCUACUCCAAAAACUACGGCACAUGUUAUCACAGUAAAAGAGAUCUGUUCAAUAAGAUGGGCAUGUCUGAAAGUGGCUACCAAGUCACUAAAUAUGUUUACGCCAAUACUAAUCUGUUAAAUCAAGUUUUUGGAGCCACUGUGAACAUCAGCAACAGAGAUUUGGUAGUCUCAGAGAUAGAACGAUUGAUUCAAGUUUAUGAAAAAGAGAUGGACAAUUUAAGCAUAACAUUUACGGGACACAGCUUAGGAGCUGCUCUUGCAACCUUGAGCGCCUAUGAUAUCAAACAAAUGCUUUGCACCAAGCAUAAUUUUCAUCAAAUUCCCGUCACCGUCUUCGCUUUUGCCUCUCCCCGGGUGGGAAAUCUUGCGUUUGCUAAACGGGUGGAGGAGAUUGGAGUGAAAGUGCUGAGGUUUGUGAACAAGCGUGACCUGGUUCCCAAAGUGCCCGGAGUUUGUAUGAACGAGAACGUGGGAUGCCUCAGCAAAUUGCUGCAUUGGCUUCCGUGGACAUACUUUCAUGUUGGCGUCGAGCUUCCUUUACACAACAAUUCUCCAUUCAUUCAGCACACCCAUAAUCUUGCCUACUUUCAUAAUUUAGAGCUUUACUUGCAUUUACUGGACAGGUACGUUGGAAGUAAGCAGCCGUUUUCUUGGAGUGGAAGAGAUCAUGCUCUGGUUAAUAAGAGCUGUGAUUUAUUGCGCGAGAUAUAUGAAAUUCCUCCAAAAUGGUGGCAGGAACAGAACAAGGGCCUCGUUAAAGGUCCAGAUGGCAAAUGGACGCAGCCAUCAGAAGAGGAAUAA